UCAGUAGCGGCGCUGCGCGCAGGCCACAAACAUAGAGCCGGGAGCCGCAGCCCACGCCGCGGUGGAGCAGCGUCCCCCGGGCAGCAGCCCGCUCGCAGGCUCAGGAUUAGCCCCGAGGACACAUCCUUAGCGCGGCCGCCGCUCAGCCACCUCCACCUGGAUUACCUACCGCAGCAGCUGCAAGCGGAGCUGGCCUGAAGGCGAGGAGCGGGGAGCAGCGCCCCGACAGGAGUCCGGCUUUUCGGGGACCCCCGCCAGCCCCCGAAAAAGGAGGGAAAGAGGCGUCCCGAAUAGAACCAGAUUCGGGGCCGACCCGCGGGGUGGAGAGAAGGACAGCGCAGGGGAUGGCAGCCGCGUCCCGGAGCGCCUCGGGCUGGGCGCUGCUGCUGCUGCUGCUGGCUCUCGGGCAGCAGCGCGCAGCUGGCUCCGGCGUCUUCCAGCUGCAGCUGCGGGAGUUCGCCAACGAGCACGGCAUGCUGGCCAGCGGGCGGCCGUGCGAGCCUGGCUGCCGGACGUUCUUCCGCGUCUGCCUGAAGCACUUCCAGGCGGUCUUCUCGCCCGGACCCUGCACCUUCGGCAGCGUGUCCACUCCGGUCCUGGGCACCAACUCCUUCGCGGUCCAGGACGACAGUAGCGGCGGGGGGCGCAACCCUCUCCAACUGCCCUUCAAUUUCACCUGGCCGGGAACCUUCUCGCUCAUCAUCGAGGCUUGGCACGCGCCUGGAGACGACCUGCGGCCAGAGGCCCUGCCCCCAGAUGCCCUCAUCAGCAAGAUCAUCAUCCAGGGCUCCCUGACCGUGGGCCAGAAUUGGUUACUGGAUGAGCAGAGGAGUACCCUCACCAAGCUGCGCUACUCCUACCGGGUCAUCUGCAGUGACCAUUACUACGGGGACAACUGCUCUCGCCUGUGCAAGAAGCGCAAUGACCACUUUGGCCACUACGUGUGCCAGCCCGACGGCAGCCUGUCUUGCCUGCCUGGAUGGACUGGGGAGUACUGCGAACUACCUAUCUGCCUUUCUGGCUGCCACGAACAAAAUGGCUACUGCACCAAGCCGGCAGAGUGCCUCUGCCGCCCAGGCUGGCAGGGCCGCCUGUGUAAUGAGUGUAUCCCGCACAACGGCUGUCGCCACGGCACCUGCAGCAUCCCCUGGCAGUGCACCUGCGACGAGGGCUGGGGCGGCCUGUUCUGUGACCAAGAUCUCAACUAUUGCACCCACCACUCCCCAUGCAAGAAUGGGGCCACCUGCUCCAACAGCGGGCAGCGGAGCUACACUUGCACCUGUCGCCCUGGCUACACUGGCGUGGACUGUGAGCUGAAGCUGAGCGAGUGUGACAGCAACCCCUGUCGCAAUGGAGCUAGCUGUAAGGACCAGGAAGAUGGCUACCACUGUGCAUGCCCCCCAGGCUACUAUGGCACGCACUGUGAGCACAGCACCCUGAGCUGUGCCGACUCCCCCUGCUUCAAUGGGGGAUCCUGCCAUGAGCGCAGCCAGGGGACCAGCUACAUCUGCGAAUGCCCCCCCAACUUCACAGGCUCCAACUGUGAGAAGAAAAUGGACAGGUGCACCAGCAACCCGUGUACCAAUGGGGGCCAGUGCCUGAACCGAGGCCUGAGCCAGACGUGCCGCUGCCGUCCUGGAUUCACAGGCCCCCGCUGUGAGCUCCACGUCCGCGACUGUGCCCGCAGCCCUUGCGCCCAUGGUGGAACUUGCCAUGACCUGGAGAAUGGAUUUGUGUGCACCUGCCCUGCCGGCUUCUCUGGGCGACGCUGCGAGGUGGCACCAAUGCCCGGUGAUGCCUGCGCCUCUGGGCCUUGCUUCAACGGGGCCACCUGCUACGCUGGCCUCUCCCCGGACAGCUUCGUCUGCAACUGCCCCUAUGGCUUCGUGGGUGGCCGCUGCGAGUUCCCUGUGGGCCUGCCGCCCAGCUUCCCCUGGGUGGCCGUCUCCCUGGGCGUGGGGCUGGUUGUGGUCCUGGUGCUGCUGGCCAUGGUGGCGGUGGCUGUGCGGCAAUUGCGGCUCCGGCAGCCUGAGGAUGGUGGCAGGGAGGCCAUGAACAACCUGUCAGACUUCCAGAAGGACAACCUGAUCCCUGCCACCCAGCUCAAGAACACAAACCAGAAGAAGGAGCUGGAAGUGGACUGUGGCCUGGACAAGUCCAACUGUGGCAAACAGCAGAACCACACAUUGGACUAUAAUCUGGCCCCUGGGCCUCUGGGCCGGGGGACCCUGCCGGGAAAGUACCUCCACAGUGACAAGAGCUUAGGAGAGAAGGUGCCGCUGCGGUUACACAGUGAAAAGCCCGAGUGUCGGAUAUCUGCGAUAUGCUCCCCCAGGGAGUCCAUGUACCAGUCUGUGUGUUUGAUAUCAGAAGAGAGGAACGAGUGUGUCAUUGCCACAGAGGUAUAAGAUGGGGCCUCCCCAGGUCAGCCUGGCAUCGCCCAGCAGCUGGACCUUCCUGCUGCAUUGUUUACA